AUGGACGACCGCACGGUAGACCUCAUCUUUGGCGGCUCCUUGAAGCUGUUGCCCCCAGUCAGCUCCAAGAUCGUAAGGAUAUUCACCAGUUCAACGUUCACAGACACAACCAUGGAAAGGAACACCUUAAUGGCGAAAUGCUACCCGCGCAUCAAGGAUUACUGUCGGGAGAAACACGGCCUGGAGUUUCAGGUCGUGGACAUGCGUUGGGGUGUUAGAGAUGAGGCCACCGAUGACCACAUGACCACGGAGCUUUGCAUGCGCGAGAUCAAGAAUUGUCAGCGCCUCUCCAUGGGACCCAAUUUCGUGGUGUUCCUUGGCCAGAAGUAUGGAUACAGGCCAAUCCCAACCUACGUGUUAUCUUCUGAACUUCAAAUGCUGAGGGAUGAGUUGGCAGCGGGUGGUGUUGACGUCAUUCUGCUAGACACAUGGUACAAAAAGGAUUCGAACGCUGUACCACCGGUGUCAGUUUUGCAGCCGAUAUCCUCCAUACUCGUCAACUUCAACAACAAGAGGGUACCGAAACUCCAAGCGGAGGACCAGGCAGUAUGGUGGGACACGCUGGGCAAAAUGCAGAAGCUGUUCCGCAAGGCGUCACAGCAGCUGUACAACGCUGGCAAAAUCGACAAGGACACAAUGCACAACUACUUCAUGUCCGUUACCGAACGUGAAGUUAUCAACGGAAUCCUGAACGUUAAAAACACCAAGAACCACUGUCUGGCCUACGUGCGAUAUAUCAACAAUAUCAACCUUCAGAACCUGAAAAAGGCCAGCAACUUCGUGGACAUACUGAACAGAAGCUUGGACGCCGAAGCAUCCAAGCUAUUAACUGAUCUGAGGGACGUCAGGCUACCGGAAAAAAUCGAGACUACAAACAUACAGAAGGCGAUGCGUAAAGAAGACAGCAGUGCUCAGGGUCAAAUCGUUACUGAGAUUCUGCAGCAUUUGCACGCGUGCAAUAACUCUGUCAAAGUCUUCCACGGCAGGGAGGACGAUUUGCUGUUUAUCGAAAAUUACAUGAAGAAUAAUUCGGACAAGCCUUUGGUUCUAUAUGGCGAAGGUGGAUGUGGAAAAACCAGUCUUCUAGCAAAGAGUUCAGCGAUGUCGCUGGAGACUUGGUUCGCCGAGGUGCGGCCAACGAACGUGAUCAGGUUUCUGGGUACUACUCCAGAUUCAAGCGCCCUUACUCCUACGCUAAUAUCUAUCUGUCAGCAGAUAUCGUACAACUUCGCACUUCCCUUUGAGAGUAUACCGGAUGACCUUGUACCACUGACAGCACAUUUCAAGCAGCUGUUGACUAUGGCCACCCAGCAACAGCCUCUUCUCUUGUUCUUAGACUCUGUAGAUCAGCUUACAGGUAUAGGCACCGAAAACAACAAAGUCUCGUGGCUGCCGACGAGAUUACCUCCCCAUUGCAAGAUCAUUGUAACUUGCGCUUGCGAAGAAGCCAAUACGGAGGUUUCAAAAGAGUACGACGUACUGCGAAGAAUGAUCGAUUCAGAAGAAAACUUUCUUGAGGUUAAGGCUUUGGGCGAAGACUUAGCUAUGCAAGUUCUAAAGUUAUGGAUGGCAUCCGCGGCUAGGGACUUAUCGAAUUACCAGUGGCGUUUAGUAUCCAACGCUAUUGGACAGUGCUCUCUGCCAAUAUUCGUUAAACUGGUUUUUGCCGAGGUUUGCAGAUGGAGGAGUUACACCAAACCCCAGGACACCCAUCUCGCCUCUACCGUUAUGGAUUCCAUUAUGAUGCUAUUCGAGAGAAUAGAGAAGCAGCACGGCCGGCUCUUGGUAUUUCACGCUUUGGCCUACAUAACAGCGGCGCGAAGUGGCCUAUCCGAGACGGAAUUGGAGGAUCUGAUUUCACUGGACGACAAGGUUCUCGACGAUGUUUACCAGUAUCACUUGCCGCCCGUCAGGAGGAUUCCACCUUUGUUGUGGACAAGGAUUCGCAACGACCUGCCCAACUACCUGUCGGAGCGCGAGGCGGACGGGGUGUCCGUGAUGAAUUGGUACCACAGACAGUUCAGGGAUACAGCGCGGGAACGCUACUUCAAGAAUAUGAACAUGGCUAUGUACUUCCACUCGAUGAUCGCCGACUAUUACCUGGGUAUAUGGGGCGGAGGAAUACCAAAGCCGUUUAAAUAUACGGAGAUUCAGCGUCACCGCUUCAACCUGGCUGACAAGGAAGGCGUUGCCGACAGAAAAGUGCCCCUACAGCCUCUGGUGUUCACAUCCGCAGACGGUUCUUCGAAACGAUACAAUCUCAGAAAGUUCGGCGAGCUGCCGUUCCAUUUGGUCAGGUCUAAACGCUUCACCGACCUCUAUGCGGAAGUUUUAUUUAACUACGAGUGGUUACAUGCGAAGCUUAACAGCUGCCCCCUACAAGCCGUGCUGGCGGACUUUGAGGACGCCAAGCUACAUGUCAACAAAGACGCCGUUAGGGAGCUGAUGCUAGUUGCUGAUGCGCUUCGCCUGGGUGGGGCCAUCCUGGGCGCGUACCCAGACAUGCUGGCACCGCAGCUGGUGGGCAGGCUCUUACCAGAGGCGCACCAGAACCCCGCUGUGGCCUCACUGCUGCAGCAGUGCCAUGGCGUGGGGAAGAACCAUUGCGCUCUGUUACCUUCCCACCAUUGCUUGCAUACGCCGGGGGGGCCUUUAAAGUACUCUUUAGAAGGUCAUCAGUUCGCUGUAUUCGCUUUCAAACUGAGCUCGGACAAGCGUUACGUCGUCUCGAUCUCAAGCAGAGUCAUCUCCUGGGACCUCUCUACCUCAGACCUGGCGAGAGAUCUAUGUCCUCAGCUCGAGGGCAUCAUGCAAAAUCUGGAGCUGUCACCAGACAACAAGUGGGCCGCUGCUUCGACCAAUAAUUCCGUGUCGAUGCUACUGAACAUGUUGACGAGUGAGUACGUCACAAUCGAGAAUCCACUGGAUGAAGGCGAGACCGUCCGAGGAGUGUAUGUCCUUAAUCACCAUAUGUUCAUCUAUGGUCCACGCUCCUGGGUGCGGUAUAACAUGAGAGGCGAGCAUGUGGAGACUGUAUCAGCACCUGACACGACACCAUAUGAUGACGUCACUUGGGAAAUACUGUGUAAUGGAACUUUAAAA